AUCCCCCAUCUAGCAUCACGGUCACUCUCUGUAUCUAUCUGUAUCUACAGGUGUGAGAACAACAGGGAGUGUGUCUCUGACAGCUGCAGGAAAACAUCUGCUCCACCGCCCAUUAGAAUCUCUGUUGCAUCCUGUACUUCCACUAGAGGGCAGUGUUUUUUGAGCCCGGCACAUGUUUACGUCAUCCGAGCAAAACCCGGAAAGAGGGACCACGAACUUCGGCGCUGUGUUUACGAAAAGAGCAGAGAAGUUCGUGAGUGUUCUACUUUUCCUGAAACUAGUUUGUAUUCAUCUUCUGUGAGCUAAACGAACAAGCAAAGCCUCGACGUAUAACACGGAGUGAUUAUAAGUCAGUAUUCGUCGGUUCGGGCUUUUCUCUAAAACGAAAGUAAAGUGCUGAGGACUGACAGGAUGGACGAGGACAUGCCGGAGGAGCCUUUACCCAUGAGGCAGGAGCUGACCUGCCCCGUGUGUCAGGAUAUCUUCCGGGACCCUGUUCUGCUGCCCUGCACCCACAGCCUCUGCCGGGAGUGUCUGCAGUGCAGCCUGCAGGUGAGACGGAGCUGCCCGCUGUGCCGCGCCGAGCUGAGGGAGGGACAGGCCAUCUCCAACCGGGGGCUGAGCAGCGCCUGCGAGGUGUUCCUGCGGGAGGCCGACUGGCUGCGCGGCCAGAGGCGGCCCGGAGAUGACAUCUGCGGGAUACACCUGAAGCCGCUGGAGCUGUACUGCGAGAAGGACGAGGAGCCGGUGUGCGUGGACUGUGUCUCCCUGCACAACACGCACAGGCUGUGGCCGCUGAAAGAGGGAGCACCGCUGUGCAAGAAUGAGCUCAAAUACAGAGUGGACAUCUUUGAAAAGAAAGUGGAUUCGCACAGGAAGAUGAAACACAUAUUCAGCAACACAGUGAAGCACAUCAAGGAUCAAGCUGGGCAGGCGGAGAAACACAUCAGGGCAGAGUUUGAGAGGCUCCGCGAAGCGCUUGUCACGGAGGAAGCCCGGCGUCUUCAAGUCCUCGCUACUGAGGAGGAGCAGAAGAUUGCUGCCAUAGAGGAGCUGAUUACCAAGACAAACAACAACAUCGUCGUUCUGAAAAAGCUCAUCGACACUCUGAAGAUGGAGAUGGGCAACGAGGAUCUUAACCUCGUGCAGAAUUUCAAGAGUUUGAAAAAGAAAGCCCACUGGCCUCAUGAAGACCCUUGCAUCCCUGAUGACUCUCUUUUGAACAUGGGCAAUCAUGUUGGGGAUUUGAGCUUCAAAAUCUGGAAGAAUAUGCAAACUCAUGUCAAACACUAUCCAGUGGUGCUGAACCCUAACACAGCUUCUCCAUGGCUGACUGUUAGCGCUGACCUGACCAGUAUGAAGGAAAGCUCAGAGCGACUGACCAUCCCGGAAAACCCGGAGCGCUUCGAUCCCUGUAUCUUUGUCCUGGGUGCUGAAGGUUACACCUCCGGGAAACACAGAUGGGAUGUCGUGGUUGGUGACAGCGCUAAAUGGAUUGUUGGAGUAUGCAAAGAGUCGGUGGUCCGCAAAAAGAAGUUCACGGUGUCUACGAACCGCGGGGUGUGGUCCAUAGGCCUCAGCAAAGGGGUGUACAAUGUCCUUACACCUGAGCGUACAGAGCUGCAGGUGCAGCAGCGUCCAAAGAGGAUUCGCAUCAAGCUAAACAUGGAUAAGGGGGAUGUGUCAUUUUGGGAUGGGGAGACAGAAAAGCAUCUCAUCAGUUUUACACACAACUUUAACGAGAGGAUGUUUCCUAUAUUUGGCCCAGGGCUCCAUAGUGCAUCUAUGACUCUGGUUCAAGGGAAAAUUGCCGUGCACGCUUCAUAAUGGGCUAUGAUACUGCAGAGGGAUGUUAUUAGAUCUAAUAAGAUGUUUCUAAUAAAAACUAAUUAGAAAGUUGAAAGAGAUGAAAUAUAAUAAAAUUGGGGAAGACUGAGUAUAUGAUGAAUAUAGAUGUUUUACGUGAUGUAAUAUGCACUAAUUUGUAAUUAAUAGAGAAAACAGUACAUUAAUUAAAUAUUCACAAGAAAGCAAUGAUGAAGAGAUGACGCUGACCAUUCAGAUUUGGCAACGGGGGCUAAAGUCCGAAAUAAACAUCUCAGAACUAUGUCAGGAAUGUAGCUUAAAGGAUAAUAUGGAAAAACAUAGGCAGCAAGUGAAGAAAGUCUUUGAUAAUAAACCUUCUAAAAGCGUUGCAGCUGCAUGACUCAUCAGUUACAUUUGAGAAAUGGCUUUCUCGAUAAUGACAGUGCACAAAAACUAAGAUGUGAUAAAAUCAUGUAGGUCAGUAAAGAGGAGGAUUAAGCCCAUUUAUAGAAAAAAAAUCUGCUGUAACUGAAAGAAACAGCAUUAAAUAAUCUUUUGUCACUUUACUCUAGAGAGCUUGAGCGAUAUAAAAAGUGAUGUUGGAUGCUGCUGACCAGAUCAGAUACCAGCUCUCAAUAUCAACAAAAAUUUGUGAAAUUAACUAUUCAAAUGACUUUCUCCAUAGCUACGCUUGUCUUUGAGAAUUAAGCAAUACAUAUAUAUAUAUAUAUUAUAUAGCCUCAAUAUUGCAAGAAUCUUGCCUGGCUUGUUGAUUUUUCAAUAAUUAUAUUGAGUUUCUGGUCAUCACUCACCACAGUGAGGCCAGAGAGUUGUCACAGCGGUGACAGUACUGAAGGAUGACAAACUGCUUUGACUGCUCUGAAUCUGCACGUGCAGAAAACAGAACAUUCUGUCUCCAUAUUGACAUUCAAUAAAAAAUAAUUAAAAUCUAAUUUGAUUUGUGCACAUCAAUAUUGAUGACAUGGGAUUAACUUGCCAUUGGUGCUUCCUCAUUUCCAAUUAGUGAAAUUUGUGCCAGUGUUUCCUCAGUUUCUGUAAGAUAAGAUAAGAGAUAAGAUAAAGUCUUUUGAUCCCACAAAGGGGAAAUUUGCUUGAUAAAGCAGCAGAUAGUCAGAAUGAAGUAGACAAGAGAACAUGUGAAUGUACAAAACAGGCAAAUUAAAUAGACAUACAGAGAAUGUGUUCAAUAAUAUAUAUUCUCUAUUAUUUGUAGAGAAUAAUGAAUUAGAACAUUCAUAGGUGCAUCAUGAUGGACAUUAUUUACAACUGUCACACGUUUGUUUUUUCUUUGCUUUAUAUUGUGCCCUUUGUAUUAUAUAUAGUGUGCAUGCAUGUGAAAGAAGAAAGACACGAUCGUCACUGCACAGAUGAAACAAAGUAAAUAAAAAGUU